UGCUUGAUUGACUAACACAGUUGGGAAACUUCAAGAAGAUGGACGCCAAGCUUUUGCUCCUGUUUGUGUCGUCUGCUGUACUUGCCUUGUCAUCGGGUGUCAGCGUUCUCUCAACAAAAACUCCUGAUGUCGUCACCUCUGACACAAACGUCGUCGCCCCUGCAUAUUAUGAUGGAAUCGACCUGAACACUUUGUCGGAGGAUGAACUUAACGCCCUCGUUGACGCAAAAGACGAAAUAUUGGAAGGAGAGCUAGAUAUCACGGGCUACCUCAAUGCCGUUGCCAACAAACCCCGCCUCUACAAGCGAUGGGUUCCCCUGGCGCGUGCUGCCUUCAGCGUAGGACGUUCUCUGUUCCGCAGCUUCUCACGGGGUCGAGUCUCACGGAGCGGGUCCAGACUCACCCGCCAGUACAAUCGUCAAGGGAACUAUGGUGAUGCUGUUCGGGACUUCAACCGACUUAACCCUAACGGUGCUCGUCCCAUCUCUGGAAACAACAACCUGCAGGGCAUCACAGGGACCAUGGGCCGACACCGUGUUACUGUGCGCAACACCAGCAGCAAUGGAAGACCCACUCUGGAAAUCCGCUCCCCCAACUCAAACGGCGGCUCUACUGUCCGGAAGUUCAGAUACAACGAUUAGAUAAAUAUGGUCGAGUUGGCAUUUGCUAAUUCAAGUCAAGAAAUAAAUCUAGUCAACAGGAGCCUUUAAGAUUCGAACACACAGUCAUUUUGAAGAAAUGUUACUUUUUAUAUUUUACUAUUUUGCUACAUAUUUUAUUUUCAUUUUUUAAACACAUUUUUGAAACCUUUAAUAAUUCAUUAUCGGUUUCUGUCAGUGGAUAUGGGAGUGUAAAUGAUCGUUAAAGAUGAACGAAUGUUACCCAGAUUUGUGAGUCAUGAGUAAGGAAGGGUGCAAUGAACGGGUGAUUGUACUGCAACGAGUUCCUCUGUCAGUGUAUAUGUGGAUUUGCUAAUAAAAAGUGAAUUGUA